AUGGAAAACAGACCUCCCUACGAGCUUUUCAGAAAACUUGAUCUACAAUUUCAAUUGUCAGACUUCCUGCUGGUAAUCGAUGUCGAAAUGGAGGAGAAUAAAUGGAAGCACUUUAUAAACUUUGCCUUCAAGCUGGGAUACACUAAGAUCCUGAUCCACUCUACUUUGAGUGGCAUUUCGUACGACAAACUACUUUUUCCCAACCUGAGGCUGAGAGCCACGACUGCAAAGGACUAUGCCGUCUUUCGCGAUUCCUUUGGAAAUCUGCAUCGCUAUCCUGUUCGAGUUGCAGCCUACAACAAUGUACCUCGCAGCUUUAUUUACACAAAUUUUCAGGGGAAAAUAGUACACACUGGCUACUACAUGAAGUUUGCUUUGGCAUUCCUCAGAUCUAGGAAUGCCACUUUUGUUCCAGUAUAUACUGGAAGUGAUUCUCCGCAAAACUGCACCCUAGCCAUUCAAAAUAAUAAAGUUGACAUGUGUGCAGAUGCUCUGUCGAAGAAUAUAUAUUUCUCAGUGACCACUGAGAUCAGAAUGGCUGCAGCAAAUGUGAUUGUGCCCCACGCCAAGCCCCUUUUACCUUAUCGAUAUUUGACGGCUCCCUUCAAUGCCCAUGUUUGGCUUUGUGUGGCGACUUAUGUGAUCCUUAUUGCAGGAUUCAUGAGCCUGAUUCACAGGGCGAAAAUCGGAAGAUGGGACUUCAGCAGACAACUUCUGGAAGUAUUCAACUCACUUUUGUUUGGAGCCUUCAAGCUGGCAAACAUUUACGGAGGAGAAAAAUACAUCAUCUUUGCUAUUCUGUUCAUUGCUGGAUUUGUGUACUCCACGGAGUACUCGGGAUUGCUGAAAAGUAUGAUGAUCUCUGAGGUAUUCGAAAGUGAGAUUACCACUUUUGAAGAACUGGAGGAAAGUGGUAUUCCCAUCCUCAUUGAUCCAUACGAUCGUGCCCUUUUUGAAAGGCACUAUAUACCGGAUAUACUUCGGCCUGUCGUUAGAACUGUUCCAUCGGAAACUUUACUCAAAUACCGCAAUAAUCUGGAUCAAAACUAUGCCUAUGUGCUAUUUCCCGAUCGCUGGGGAAUGUUUGAAUAUGCUCAGCACUUUCUGAGACACCCGAAGUUCCGUCGGAUUCCAAUCGAUUUCUGCUUUUUGUUCGCCGGGUUUCCCAUGGGAAAUACUUGGUUUUUGAAACACCAUUUAAGCAGGUCUAUGUUUAAUGGCUUCGAGUCUGGUGUGUUGGAUAAAAUGAAACUUGAUUCGUUCCGUGAGGCUGUCAGUCUAGGAUAUCUAAACUACACAGUGACGGAGCACUUGGAGGCAAAGCCCCUGGGCUUGAAUCACUUUCUAACGUCGGCGAUUGCCUUGGCUCUGGGUUACAGUCUGGCUUUGAUAAGUUUCUUAAUAGAGCUUAUGGCUUUGAAAUUCUGA